GUGCGACAAAUCAGCGCAUAAAGUGUGUGGUGUUUGCGGACACUCGGCUAUGGGCAAAAACUUUGGCGCCGUUACGUGUGAGCCCUGUAAAGCAUUCUUUAGGAGAAACGCGUUGAAAGACAAUCUCAUUUGCCAUUUUGACAACAAAUGCAAAAUAGAUGUCAUAACCAGAAAAUUUUGCUCUAAAUGUCGUUUAGAUAAAUGCCUGGCCAUCGGAAUGAGACGGGAAACUUUACGCAUUGAAAAUCACAUCUCAAGCGCCAGUACUUCCGACUCAGACUUGUUGUGCGAAAUACUCGACAAUAACUUCACUAUCGAUGCACUCAAUGAACAGAUUGUUGACAUCGAGACCAGUAUUGAUGUCAACCAAUUCAUCGACGAUAUAGUAAUCAAUGAAUUCAGUGAUCAAACCAUCGCUACCUCAACAGCAAAUAACUCGCCAAACAGUGACAACACAUUCACCACAUUUGCCGUAUCCGACAAAGUGUUUGACAAAGUGGUCGAGUUUGAGAUGUCUGUCAUACCGAUCGGGCGACCCAUCGAUACCAGCAAAACCAGUUUUAACCAGAUGGAAAUGAACUUGCUCAUCGAGCUGCUCGAAGCGACCAAGCUCAUGGGCUUACCAUUACGGGGCGCAACCAUCGAGAUCAACAACACCGACGACUAUUACUCCAUUAUGGGCUAUAAGUUUGACCGAGCGAUCAGAACCCUUACUAGAGUUGUCAAAGGGUUGUCCGCAUUCAACACCAUCUGCGAAGAGGACAAGAUUUUGCUCCUGAAGUACAGCUCAAUACAAGUGAUAUUCUUGCGGUCCAUUCUCUACUUCAACGAUACCGCCGAUUGUGUUCGGGUUCAAGUGGUCAGUAGUCCUGAUAAUUAUCAUAUGUAUUCAAUAAUCGUGUUCAAUCCUGAUCAUUGUAACCUAGCCAACAAAAAUGUCAUCAAACUUCAACAACACAUUUACAUGUAUUUACUUCAACGGUAUUUGCAAUGCAAAUAUGGAUCCGAUUGCGAGGCGAAGACACGAUUCCUGCAACUCAUGAAUGUUAUCAUCGAUUUAAAUGUCUUAAGAGAGGUUCACAAGAGGAAUAUCGAAGAGAGUGCGAAGAUAUCGAUUCCACCGCUUCUCGAGGAAGUACUAGACAUCAAACCCGUUCAACAACGACAACAAUAUUCACUCACUUACAACAUUCCUUUAAUUCGUUUGUCGCCAUUAAAGCUGUUCCUUCAUCAACACCGGGUGUUGUAA